AUGCUACGCGACCGUCUUGUGUGUGGUAUGAACGAUCAUAAAUUGCAAUAUGAACUAUUAAAAAAGAAUAAACUCAGUUACAAAGACGUUGUCGAUGCGAUACUUUCGUCUGAGAGUGCGGAAAAAGACGUUCGUAUGAUCGUGAUAGGUAGCUCCGUUUCCGACGAAUCCACAUCGAGCGCGACGCCCAGCACCUUCGCGCAGGCGGCGGCGUCCACUACGCCGGAGCCCAUGGAUGUCAACGCUGUACAUUCCAAGCGCACUUCCGGCGGUACAAGCACCAGGUUGUGCUACAGAUGUGGAGAUCACCAUGGAGGAGAAUGUCGUUUCGCUAACGCAAUCUGUCGUUAUUGUAGGAAGAAAGGACAUCUGGAAAAGAUUUGCCUCGCUAAGAAAAAAGGGGGCAACAGGACCGUUAACUACACACACAUUGAUGAGGAGCAAGAUGAGUACAUCGGUGGUAUCUACAACGUGGACACGGACAAUCGCGUACCGCCGUUCGACGUGCAGGUGGCGCUAAACGGCGCGCUGCAGCGCAUGCAAGUCGACACGGGCGCCGCUUACUCGCUCCUCAACGAGCGCACGUGGCGCGCGCUGGCGCGGCCGCCGCUGAGGCAGCCGCCGAUCGCGCUGCGCACUUGGACGAGCGCGCCCCUCGAGAUGCUCGGGCAGACAACUCUUCAUGUGCAGUAUAAAGGCAUUGCUCGUGAUUUAAAUGUUUUUGUCGCUAAGGGUAAAGGCCCUAACCUUAUAGGCCGCGAUUGGUUUGCACCGCUUAAUUUCUCACUGAACAUUGACAGUGUAUUGAACUUAGACAUCGAUCAUAAUACGGAUACGAUCAUUGCGAAACAUAGUGAGGUAUUCAAAGACGGAUUAGGUACUUACCGAGGCCAACCAGUGUCCAUUCAUGUGAAACCGGGCGCUACGCCUAAAUAUAUCAAAGCGCGACCGGUACCAUAUGCUAUUAAAGAUCGUGUCGAAAAAGAGAUUGACAGAUUGGUCCACGAAGAGGUACUUCGCCCGGUGUCUUUUUCUGAAUGGGCGACUCCAGUCGUACCCAUUAUAAAAAAGUCAGGUGACAUAAGAUUGUGCGGGGAUUACCGCAGUACGGUAAAUCAAGCUACAGAAUCGGAUACCUAUCCGAUGCCGACUGCUAAUGAAGUUUUCGCUACCAUUGCAGGGGGCAAGUAUUUCUCAACACUAGACUUGAACCGAGCAUACACACAGGUGACCGUGGACGACGCGACGGCUAAAUUACUUACUUUGAAUACUUGCAAAGGUUUGUACUCGGUUCAUCGCCUAGCAUUUGGAGUCAAGGCAAGUCCGGGUAUCUUUCAGCGUUUGAUGACAGCAUUGUUAGCCGGAAUUCAGGGGGUAGCGGUCCUCAUAGACGACAUCAUCAUAGCGGGUCGCACUCUCUCCGAAAUGUGGCAACGUCUGGACGAGGUACUCACUCGUAUUGGCAAAGCUGGACUUCGGCUCAACCGCAACAAAUGUAAGUUAGCCAGACAAAAGGUUGAAUUCCUUGGAUACGUUAUUGAUGCAGUAGGUAUUCAUCCAGCGCCAAGUAAAGUGGAAGCUAUUAUAAACACUCCAGAACCGCAAAACGUGCACGAAUUACAGGCUUUUCUCGGUCUUUACAACUUCUAUGAGAGGUUCAUACCACAUAAAGCUACGAUGCUUGAACCUCUUCAUCGACUGCUCGACAAAACUCAAGCGUGGAAAUGGACAGUGAUCGAACAAACGGCAUUUGAAAAGGCUAAACACUUUCUAUCAUUUGAUAUGACUUUAGUUCAUUAUGAUUUAAAUAAACGUUUAUUGCUGACAUGUGACAGCUCGGAAUAUGGCGUGGGCGCAGUACUCGCGCACGUGAUGGACGACGGUCAGGAGCGCCCUAUAGCCAUGAGCUCGCGGACGCUACAUAUUCAUGAACGGCGUUAUUCUCAACUCGACAAAGAAGCAGCAUCGAUAAUGUUUGGCAUUCAAAAAUUCCAUAAUUAUUUAAUCGGACGUCACUUUACUAUUGUGACAGAUCAUAAGCCGCUACUAGGUAUUUUUGAUCCGAAGAAACCAAUGCCUGGCAUGAUAUCACCUCGACUAACGAGAAUAGCUCUUGCUUUAACCGCACACAGCUAUGAAAUAAUCUACAAGCCAGGGUCCCAGAUCGGACAUGCCGAUGGUUUAAGUAGAUGGCCACAGCCAGUGCCUGACCAACCAGAACAAGAUCUCAGCGAGAUUUUACUUAUAGCGGAAACACCUCAAGACUUCCCUUUUGAUGCUGAUCAGAUAGCAAAAGAAACAAAAAAAGAUACUACGUUGGCGGCUGUCAUGAAUCACAUAUACCGUGGCUGGCCUGCUAAAAUAACCGACAACGAGUUACGACCGUAUUGGCUUCAUCGUACAGAAUUAUCUCUACAGGAGGACUGUAUACUAUUAGGCUGUCGAGUGGUGAUUCCUCCUGCAUUGCGUAAAGCAACUUUACAAGUACUUCAUAGUACUCACAAUGGCAUUGUACAAACAAAAGCUCUGGCAAGGAGUUAUGUUUGGUGGCCACAACUCAAUGAAGAAAUUGAAAAGCUUAUUGGGAACUGUUCCAUAUGCCUGGAACAUCGGCACAUGCCACCUAAGACCAGUCACGAAUGGAUUACACCUACAAGGCCAUGGUCUAGAAUACACAUGGAUUUUGCGGGACCCUUCCAAGGAAAGAUUUUUCUGAUAGUUGUGGACUCUUAUUCUAGAUGGCCUGAAGUGUUCAUGGUCCCUAAUACAAGCUCGGCUACAGUCAUCAAACACUUGCGUGGGUUGUUUGCCACCCAUGGUUUAUGUGAAACUAUUGUGUCUGAUAACGGCACAGCAUUUACAUCGGUAGAAAUGGAGCAAUUUGUUCAGGCUAAUAAAAUAAAACAUGCUAAGACUGCACCUUAUCAUCCUGCCACGAACGGUUUAGCUGAAAGGAUGGUUCAGACCGUGAAAAAUAAAUUACGAAAAAUGAAUAAUUUGCCGUGGGAUGUGUUGAUUACUAACAUGCUCUUAGGUUUGAGAGCCACUCCUUGCUCGGCAACAAACAAAAGCCCGGCUGAACUACUUAUGAAUAGAAAGCUACGUACUUUGCUGGACGUGAUUCAUCCCAAUAAUAUAGUACAUAAAAAUAUAGAACAGCAAAUUGAUCGAAAUGCACAAGUGAAACGAAGAGAAGGUAACAUCGGUCAAAAAGUUAUGUACAGAAAUUAUGGAAAGGGUGCUAAAUGGUUACCAGGAACAGUAGUUAGUAAAGGUGGUCCUUCUAGUUACCAAGUUGAAGCUACAGAUGGUUCAUUAGUAAACAGACAUAUAGAUCAAUUGAUUAAAACUACAGCAGAGGACUCAACUGUAACUGACAGAGUGUUGCCUGAAGAUGAAGUGAUAAGGGGAGAAGGUACAACAGAUGAAGAUAAUAAUGAUAAGUGUACAGAGAUGGAUAGUACCAGUGAUGCUGAUUAUCAGGAUGAUACUAUCAUUGAAAUACCUAGCUCUAAUCAAUGGGCUGCUAUGCUGGGAAUACCUCCAAUUGAACCAAGUCAAUCUAUAUGA